AUGGCAUUCGUGAGUUCAGGGGAAAAUGAAAAUUCUGUGACAUUAUAUCUUAAAUAUAGACAAGAAUUUAAUGCUGUUUUAUCAGAUAUUAGGAAUGAUCACAGAUAAGGCGGUGAAAAUCCUGGAAUAAAAUGUAAUAAAAUUGCGCAAGGUGAUUUUAUUGAACCAUGCCAAAAUAUUGGUAGAUAUUUAAUUGAAAUAAAGGAACUUCAUAAAUCUGAUAACCUGGGUCGUUGUAAUUACUUGAAUUAUAGGAUAAAUUCAGAUGUAAAUUAUAGUAAGAAUCCCGGCUGGUUUGAGAAGUAUAAUAUUUUCUCUUCCCAAUUAGAUAAUAUAUGUGAGAAUUAUAUAAAAAAAAUUGAACCUGAUAUUUUGGAGAAACUUAAAGGAUUAUACAGUUUAUACGAAGAUUUUAACAGUUUUAAAGUUCAAAAUAAUCAAAUCAAAGGUGGUAGUUGUGAUAAAAUUAAAGAUUGUCAUAAAUUUUAUGUUGAUAAUUACAAGGAUUGCGUAGGAAAAGAAAGAAACCCUUUUUGCAAAGAGUUAAACAAUUUUAAGAAAGCAUAUGAAAAUAAAAUGCGAGAUGUAACUGCUUGUGUUAAUGUACCACAAUUCUUACCACCUGAAAAAAAGGAUUACGUAUUUGUUUCCAGUUUGACAACAGCUAUCGUAUUACUAGCAACUUUCACUUUAUUUAUUUUAUAUAAGUUUACUCCAAUGAAAUCGUGGUUAUAUAAUCAUUUGCAAAAAAAAAAAAUAAUGCAACUUAAAGACGUUGAAGAAAAAACGAGAGAAUCCUUACAAAACAUAUAUAAAGAAGUGAAUAGAAAUUAUUUAGGAAGUUUUCAUAACAUAGCCUAUUAA